CGUUUACUCGCACACAAUGUUUGCGUGGGACGGUGGGAGAAGUAAUUGUAACAGUUCAUUUCGUCUCACGUAUCUCGUGGAAAGACGUUAUAAAAGCGAAGAAAUUCCGUCGUCUUCUUUCAAAAUCCUACCGCUAUAUAAACCCUAGACGCGCAGUUUCCCCGUCCUUCCGCCACUCACAAUCUAAUUCCCCACCUCUCCUUCUGUCUCUGGUUUUCGGCUCCGACUGGUACGAAAUCCCGGUUUCAGAAAAACAAAGGUUUAUCCCACAACUCAGAGAGCUCAAAACUCAAACCGUGACAGAAAAUAUCAACUGCGUCAUUGUCCUUGUCUUCCUCCAUGGCAUCCUCAGCUUCCUCGCAGUCAUCUUCAGCUUCCUCACAGUCCGCUGACAAGUACGAGGGGUUUGAUCUGUUGAAGUGUUCGACCGUCCAAGAGGGGAAGAAGGAAGCGGAGGUCAGGUUACCGUUAGGGUAUCGAUUUAAUCCCACCGAAGAUGAGAUCGUUGUGUACUUUCUGUUUAACAAGAUUAUGGACCGCGCAAUGCCUACCUACGGUCUUAUAAAAGAGGUUGAUGUGUACGAGUAUGAUCCCCAUCAGCUGCCGAAUGGUGACUUCAAACACAAUGCUGGUUGCAAUGCGGCCUAUUACUUCGCCAACAGAGAACCCUUUGACGCUAGUGAAGGGAAGAUAAUUAAGACGGCUGCAAACGGUGGUUACUGGAAGGUGAUCGAUGACGAAUAUGAGGUUUUGUUCAAGGAUAGUGAAGUAAUCGUAGGGUUUGAAGCCGUCAUGAACUUCUACGAGGGGAAGGCGCCAAACGGGACCAAAACUCCCUUUGUCAUGAACGAAUACAGGCUCAAUCCUCGUGUAGUACCUGCUCAUGUGCUGAAUGACAGCAUUAGGAAUAAGAUUGAGAGGUACGUGGUAUGCCGAAUUAUAAACGAGGAGGUUUCGAAUCAGCCCGUUAUCGACUAUAGAAAGGAAUCUCUCGAGCUUCUUUUGAAAUAUGCGUCUGCCGGCACUGUUAAAGACGUAGAACCAAAAUGAUAUGGCAGAAACAGCUCCUUCAUUGAAAUAGCAAAUGCAGCUCCUUUGUUUUGAUGUUUUUUUUCUUCGUUUUUUCUUCUUCUAGUGUUAUAUAGAUAUAGCAGAACAAUAUGCAUACAUUAUUUUUGGCCUAAUAUUUGACUUGACACAAGAGAAAAGUUUCAUCGAGAA